AUGGGCAGUGCGGAGGAGGCAGGAAUUAUGGGCUCACGGACCCGAAUCAGCCGGGGAAAUGUUCAAAAUUGUCACCCCAGACUAGUAUCAGAAUCCUCGAAGUCGGCUUUGGCAGACCCGUGCCUGACUGUGGGGAUUUCAGCCUCGGCAAGGACCACCGGGGCGCCUUCCGAACUCCCUGGCGGGGCCCGGUUCCUUACAGAGACGCAGCCUCCGUCUGAGAGGCCGUGGGCCGGCCGACGGCUGCAGUUCCGCGCCUCUAAGGGCUUCCACUUUUGCCGCCUCGGAGCUGGCACCCACCACAAACACACCGCAGCCUCCCUGUGGCUGAGGUCUCAGGGCUGCAUGCAGUAUCUUGCGGUUGUCACACCGCUGCCCAGCUCAGACCUGGGUCUUGUCCCUUGCCACCUCGCGGAUAUUCUGCCCUGGAGCCCACACUAG